GUCGUCGUAUGUAAUGCACUGAGGUUUUAACCUAAAACCCCUUCCCUCAAAAUCCUUCGGCGGCGGCGUUGGUCUGUUGGCGCUAAAGAAACUUCCAGAAGGCAGAAAACACCUCCUCUCACCGCAGUCUUGCCGUCUCCGGCAGCUGAAAACAAUUACCACAACAACGGGCGAGCAUAGUCAAUUAACCAUGGAUGAGGAGAUUAAGAGGAAGAAGAGGUUGAGGAAGAAGAAGUUGAAGAGAAAGAGAGAAGAAAACGAGGUUCAAACUGAGGAGGAGAAAGAAAAUGAACAAAAAUCUGAGGAAGACGAAGAGACCAAUGAAGCGGAGGAAGAAGAGGAGAAACAAGUAGAGGAAGUAAAGAAAGUGGUGAAAAAGGGGUCAGGGAUUUUGAGUACUGAGUUGUUUGCAAACUUGCCUUUAUCUGAGGAAACUAUGAAAGCUAUCAAUGAAAUGAAAUUUGAAUACAUGACUCAGAUCCAAGCAAGAGCAAUUCCACCAUUUCUCGAGGGCGAAGAUGUACUUGGAGCUGCAAGGACAGGCUCUGGUAAAACCCUUGCCUUUUUGAUUCCCGCUGUGGAGUUGUUACAUCAUAUUCAGUUUACCCAUCGCAAUGGAACUGGCGUUGUUGUCAUCUGUCCAACGAGGGAGCUGGCUAUACAGACACAUGCUGUCGCAAAAGACCUCCUGAAGUAUCACUCACAGACUCUUGGGCUGGUUAUUGGUGGUGCGGCUCGGCGAGGAGAGGCAGAGCGGUUAGCGAAAGGAGUCAAUCUAUUGGUAGCUACACCUGGCCGUCUUCUUGACCAUCUUCAAAACACUAAGGGGUUCAUAUAUAAAAAUUUAAAGUGCCUCAUAAUUGAUGAAGCGGAUAGGAUACUUGAAGCCAACUUUGAGGAAGAAAUGAAGCAAAUCAUUAAGAUUUUGCCUAAGACAAGACAAACAGCUCUUUUUUCUGCCACCCAGACUAAGAAGGUCGAAGAUCUUGCUCGCUUGUCAUUUCAGAAAACUCCAGUAUAUAUUGAUGUUGAUGAUGGAAGAAAAAGGGUCACUAACGAAGGGCUUCAGCAAGGCUACUGUGUUGUUGAUAGUGCUAAAAGAUUUAUUCUUCUGUAUUCCUUCUUGAAGAAGAAUAUGACGAAGAAAGUGAUGGUUUUCUUCUCCUCAUGUAAUUCUGUUAAAUUCCACUCGGAGCUUCUUAGAUACAUUCAAGUAGACUGUAUGGAUAUACAUGGAAAGCAAAAGCAAAUGAAACGGACCUCUACCUUUUUUGAGUUUUGCAAGGCUGAAAAAGGCAUCUUGUUAUGUACAGAUGUUGCUGCGCGUGGUCUUGAUAUUCCUGAUGUGGAUUGGAUUGUGCAGUAUGAUCCUCCGGAUGAUCCUAAGGAAUAUAUACACAGAGUUGGGCGAACAGCACGUGGGGAAGGUGCAAAAGGAAAUGCCCUUCUUUUCCUAAUUCCAGAAGAGCUACAGUUCAUUCGCUAUCUCAAGGAUGCAAAGGUUCCGGUGAAAGAGUAUGAAUUUGAUAAUAAGAGUUUGAAAAAUGUGCAAUCUCAUCUGGAAAAGCUGAUAGAGAAUAACUAUUAUCUGAACAAAUCUGCUAAAGAUGCAUAUAGAUCUUAUUUGCUUGCAUACAACUCGCAUUCUAUGAAAGACAUCUUCAAUGUGCACCGACUUGAUCUCCAGGGUGUGGCUGCUUCCUUUUGUUUCUCUUCUCCUCCAAGAGUAAAUAUAAACAUAGACAGCAAUGUUUCCAAGUUCAGGAAUAAAAAGCGAAAAGUUGAUGGAUCUCGAAAUGGAUUCAGUCAGAGCAACCCCUAUGGGAAGAAAGGUGAAGGCGACUCACGCCAAUUUGUGAGAUAUUAGCUUUACUACCGUGUCAAGGGCAGGUCAAAUAGUUAUCGCUGCGGCACAUAGCACCAAUUUUGAUAUAGGCUAGCUCUGUAUUCCGGAGUGAUGUUUAGCUUCAGUACAAGCAGGCUUAGGCUUAUCACUCGGGUAAGAAAAGAUUUUUAUAGAGAAGAAUUCCAACAUUGUUGUUAGCUGUUGUUUACGACAUCUUUUUGAUUUUGACUUCUAUAAGCUGAGAUUAUGAAUGUUGUAUUGCCGACUACUUAGAUGUAUAACUCUGCUUGUUACUUUAGGAGAAUUGUGAUUUCCCAAGGUCUUUCGGUUUUUCUUGCCAAUUCAUGGUGGACUACUAAACUUGAAUGGAGAGAGUAAUUGGUCGACAUAAUGUCUGACAUCUCAAUUGACCAAAAAGUCCAACUGUCAUCUCAAUUGACCAAAAAGAAAAC